CGAUGGAAGCGCGCUCCCGACACUUCAGGUGAAUGAGAGAGUGGGAAAGGACACACUUCGCCCUGCGUCGCAUUUAAAAGACACACAAUUAGAAGAAAAUGACUUAUAUUUCCUCGUUUGGGGCGCAUGUUUCCAUGGCAGCAUAUCUACUCCUCCUGAUGGGAUGCGCAGCACAGAAAGUAUACUUUGACUGUGGUGCCAAGGUGGAUGUGGUGGAUGCCCAAGGACUGAUUCUCUCCCCUGGCUUCCCCUACAACUACUCUUCCGGGACCCACUGUGUUUGGCAGUUCUUCGUACCUGUCGAUUAUCAGCUCAUACUUGAGAUAUUUGACUUUGACGUGUUUGAAAGCCACGAGUCCACCGCACAGUACUCCGUCAUUUCCAAUUAUGAAGGGGACAAUGGAGAAGACGAGCUGACGUUCACACCUUACGGGUUCCAACUCGACGGAGCUUCGGCGGCAGAAAGAGACGUGGCGGAUCAGGGGGAGGCCAAAAAUAUCCAGAAGUCCUCUCGGGACGGUGAGAUGGAGCAGGCGGUGGUCCAAGAACGGUCCACAAAAACAGCCAAAGUCUCAAACUCCGCCAAAAGAUCUGUAAAUGGUUCUUCUGGCCUUAUGUCGCCUCCACCGGCCUCUCUCCUCCUUCCUGGAGCGCCGUCCUAUGAAGAUAGGGCCUUCAACACGGCUUCCUCCCCUCGACUUAAGGCAGAGCCCGACCCUAGUUCCAAACCAAGGAUGUCCAUGGCGGAUACCACCGUUGCCUCGCUACAAUCCACUGACACUCCGGCUGCGAGCCCUGGAACCCAGCAGUCGGUCCUGGACGCCUGCCCCCAUGAUGUCCUCUAUAUCUCAGACCUCAUCACCUUCUCCUCAAGAUUCUGUGGCUCCAACCGACCGCCCAGCAGCCAGCUGGUUUUUGGCUCCAGCCAGGAGAUGGUGGAGGUGAUCAUGGAGCUUAUCACUACCACUCAUUGGGGGCGGGGCUUUGCCCUCCUCUUCCACUACAACAACGUGACCAAACCGGUGGGGGAACGGCGGAGCUUCACUUCCGCAUCCACCAGGGCAGACUCUCUGCUGGCCGCUGUGAGUGGAGCUGCCUUCUUCGCUUUGAUACUCACUACUGCCGUCUGUGUUGUGUUCAGACCCACACUAUGUCCAAAAAGAGAGAGUUCCUGUGCAUCUACUGACUCUGAGGUGCCAGAGGGGAUGCAGAACACGGGGGAGGAGGUAAGUGAGCUGCAACCAAUAGCUGAGAAUCCCAGCAUCCAGGAGGCCAUCAGGGACCAGGACCACCUGAAGUACAGUCCGCCACACACAGUCAGAGCUGCUGUUGGCUCUUCCCAAAAUCUAGAACUGGACCUUUCCUCCAGCGGCUUGCCGGAGUUUGAGCUUGGUCCUGAUGAAGUUUUUAUUAUAUCGCCGAGCCCGAGCCUGACCCGGCCUUCUUUCUCCCCACACACAAGGGAGAGGUUCUUGAGGCACAGUGACACCGGUCCCAGUUCCGUUGGCGAUUGGACCCCACCGCACUCCUCCAAUUUACCUGCCGGUCCCUCCGGAGCCAGCCUUUCCAGACCAAGAGCGUGGAGCGUGCGCACCUUCCAGGACUUCCUCCCUCCGCUGCCGCAGCUCCACAGGAAGUGGUGCAGCUGGAACUCUACCAGCCCUUUCACCAAGCUGGUGGACAGCGCUCCUCCCUGCUUGGUGGACAACAACAGGAAGUCUUUCUCCAAUGUUCACCUGGACAGCAGCACCAUGUCUGACUCUCCUAUCAGCAACGCUUCCUAUCCACUGGCUCAGGCCGCCCAAAGGCAGCGGCGUCUCAACUCGACCAGCAACCUGCGCCGCUCCCGCUUCACAGGGCCUUGCUUUGGUCUGUUCUCUGGGACGGCCGACGCAUCAAAGUCCUCCGGGCUCAGUCAUGGCCAGAGUUCCCAACCGGAGCCCAUCUCGUCUGCUUCCUCCAUCCAGUGCCCCGUGGAGGGCGGCCUGGCUGCCAAGAGGCAUGACUUCCCAGGAGAGGGCGAACACCUGCCUGUGUUUGCUAUUUCCGAGGAAGAGGACCGGCAGCCUUUGGUCUUAGCUGAACACCUAACUCAAACCCCUGACGCCAUCAUCCUGAACGGACUAGUGCGAGAGACAUUCGAGGGAAAAAGACCCACUAGCGCUACUCCUCAGAACCAGAAGGCUAGACCGGAGUGGAGGGCAUGCGGGAGUCCGGUGUCAGGUGGGGUUUGUCCACUCCCUUCCAACACCACCAUGACCGGGUCAAACACCAUCAGUGGCUGCCAGCUGCCUCUCAGUCAGCCCGCAGUGUUGUGCAUCAACCACAUGUGACCGACAAGGUCCCAUAAAGACCGUGGUGGGCCUUUUUAUUAAAGCCCCUUUGUUUGAUCUCAAAACCUCUGACAGAAUCUACUCGCAAGUUGAUUAUUACUUUCUGGAAUACGCGUUCUGGAUGCUGCUUGAUAUAUGCCGAGGUCCAUACUGCUGUGGUGUCAUGUUUUAAAAAUGCUUCCAACAAAGAACAGUAUUUUGGAUUGUAGACUAAAAUCCCAACUUUUAGGAGCACUUUUUUUAAACUGGGUUUAUUGAUCGAUUUCAUAUAUUUUGGUAAAUUGUACUCCAAACACUGCACUACUUUUCAGUUAUUCGUUCAAUGUGAACAUUGUAAUAUGUGCCAAUACCUUUUCCAUCACGUGUCGUCUUCUGACCUUUGUUUGUUUUUACUGGACGUCCAAGACUUGUUACUCAGAUUUGUUCUGUAAAGUAUAAAUCAUGCAUGUAUCGCCUAUGAACUAUCUAUACAUUUCCUGGAUUAUGAAAGGGAAAUCAACAUACUGUAAAGCAUAUACUAAUGUACAUUUCUAGUGAAAUUUAGUUUAAAGAAAAAGAAAUAGCAAUCACAAUAGUAUUUAUUAAAUGAGUUGACAUGGAAUAAUGUAAAGUUGAAAUAAAGGCUGUCAUUCUCAUGUGUAGUAUUUCAUAUUUCAAAUAUGAUGAAAUCAUCAGUUCCGUUUAGUUUCAUUGAUGAGUUGUGUUCCCGUACGAGUCCUUUAUUUUAUUUUCAACCUAGGCUCCUCUGGG